GAAAUUGAAGCCGGGACGGAAACUUUUCUCCGGGACACGUUAGCAUCGUAAUGCGGUGACCUCGGUUCUGUGAGGUGGGAGUUAGAGCUCCAAGUAUCCGCUCGAGGGCGCUCAUACACAGGGCUGCUCACUCCACACACAGUUAGCCUGCGGAUGCUACCGUCAGCUAGCCCGAAGAAGCGCCUGUGGUUAGCUUCCCCGGCAGCAGCAGCGUCAGCAGCUGGAGGACGAGCUGCUGAAGUCUCGCUGUUUUUUCUCUGUUUUUAUUUUUCCACCGGCGCCCGCCAGUACAGGAAGUGAUGUGGAGAGCAGCUUUGCGGGCGUUCGCUGUUUUGCUCUUGGCCUGGUUCUUCGGGAACUUUGUUUGGGGCUGGUUUCAACGCAACAACAUAGAACCCCCAGCCCCGCAGAGCGAUCAUCUGAGCGGCGGCUCAGAGUCGGUGAGGCCGGAGCAGAGCUGCCUCUGCCACCUCACUGGUGUUCUGGACGACUGCUUCUGUGACGUCGAGAGCAUCGAUGUCUUCAACAACUUCAAGCUUUACCCUCGAGUCAGGAAACUGACGGAGAGAGACUACUUCAGAUAUUACAGGGUGAACUUGAAGAGACCUUGUCCUUUCUGGCCUGAUGACGGACACUGCUCCAUCAAAGACUGUCAUGUGGAGCCCUGUCCUGAGAGUAAGAUUCCUGUUGGCAUCAAGUCUGGGAACUACAACAAGAAAACAUUAUGCCGGAAGCCCGGAACGAAAAUCAUAGGAGGAAAUACGAGUCAUAUGUUUGACCAUGUGCGGGAUAAGCACCCGGCUCUGUACGCCAGAGUAAAGUAUUCUCAGGCAGCAAACAUCAUAGCCGACAUGUCAGAUUGUGAGCAGGCGCAGGAGCUCGGCGCCAUCAAUAGCACACUGAGUAAUCAGAGUAAAGAGGCGUUUGCUGACUGGGCGAGACACGACGACGCCCAGGAUCACUUCUGUGAACUCGAUGAUGAGACCUCUCCAGAUGCUGAGUAUGUGGAUCUGCUGCUGAACCCAGAACGAUUCACUGGAUACAAAGGUCCUUCAGCCUGGAGAGUCUGGAACAGCAUCUAUGAGGAGAACUGCUUCAAACCCAGAUCAGUGUACCGACCUCUGAACCCUCUGGCUCCAAGCAGAGGAGACGACGAUGGAGAAGGUUUCUAUAAGUGGCUUGAAGGUUUGUGUUUGGAGAAGAGAGUGUUUUACAGAUUAAUCUCCGGCCUUCACAGCAGCAUCAACAUCCACCUGUGUGCUCAGUACCUGCUGGACGAGGGCUGGGGUCGUUCAGUGUGGGGAUCAAAUGUCCGUGAGUUCCGGCAGCGUUUCGAUAACGCCGAGACGAAGGGCGAGGGCACACGGCGACUGAAGAACCUCUACUUCCUGUACCUGAUUGAGCUGCGGGCGCUUUACAAGGUGGCGCCGUACUUUGAACGCGCCAUCGUCAACCUGUACACUGGAAACGCUCAAGAGGACGGAGACACCAAGGAGCUGUUGCUGCAGGUCUUCAACGAGAUCAAAGCUUUUCCCAUGCACUUUGAUGAGAAGUCCAUGUUCGCUGGACACAAAAUAGAAGCCAAAACACUGAAGGAGGAAUUUCGCCUCCAUUUUAAAAACAUCUCCAGGAUCAUGGACUGUGUGGGCUGCAGCAAAUGUCGUCUGUGGGGGAAACUGCAGAUUCAGGGUCUGGGCACGGCUCUGAAGAUCCUCUUCUCUGAGAAAGAGAUUAAGAAUCUUGCGGAACACAGUCCGUCGAAAGGCUUCCAGCUCACGCGGCAGGAGAUCGUGGCGCUGAUGAACGCCUUCGGAAGGUUGUCCACCAGUAUCCACCAGCUCCACAACUUCCGCCAGCUGCUGCAGGAGGAGAGGUAACAGGAGCUGCUGCUUCACCUGGCCAGUAGGUGGCGCCAGCGUGCGGAAAACUGCACCUGAGCCGGGAGAAAAUAAAAAAUAUUAUUCUGGAUGGCGGGAUCAGUAGUGGCGUUCCCAUAAUUUUCAUUUUUCCUCCCUAACGUCCACUUCCUGAUUCUGAUCCUGUUAGUUUUUUUCCCUCUUUGAGGAGUGAUUAAAGGAGCAGUCCGUCUUUUUGCAGACGUCUGGACGAGUCAUCGAAGUGACCGAGUCGUUCUCUGCUGACAUCACAUCCUGUCGGACUUUGACCUCUUGACCCUGAUUCAGACGUUUUUGACUCAACAUUCACUGUCCGAAUGUCGUGACGCCACCGCUGCCUGUUUUUUGUUUGUUUUUUUUCCACCAUUUCCUGUUUGGCCCGAUCUGCCUGUUUAUGUUAGCUAGCUAGGUCUGUGUGUGUGUGUGUGUGUGUGUGUGGUGCUGAAGUUUAGCUGACGUCCGAUUGGAGCGAAUUGGUCGCAGUAGGCGUCGACUGAUACAAAAUUUGCAUCUGCUUUGUACCUUGUUUUAUUCAGCAUGAUUGUUAGCGGUGUUGGAGAACAACGCGUUCUCUUUAUGACAAACAGAUGUUUUUUUUGUUUGACUAUAAAACUCAAAUAUUUAAAGUAGUGAGGGGGAGGAGCCUGUGUGUGUGUGUUAGCAGUUGCAGCUAUAAUCUCAUGGACUAUGACUUGAUUCUAUCGUUAAAAAAUGUAACAAUAGUUUUACUUGUAAGUUAUUAUCGAUCACAGAUUAAAGAUUCUGCUCGUGUUUGACGCUAAGACACUAACUCUGUUAAAUAGUUCUUUUAAAAAAGGUUGCGUUUUUUUUGUCCUUAAUUAUGUUCACUUUGUCGGCCAGUUUGACAGACUCCAGUGUUUGGCUCCGCCCCUUUAAGUGUCAGACCACCGUGUUUGAUACCACAGUAUAAGGAAAAAAAAAAAACGUACAGUUCACAUCGGAACACUCAAAAUGCAAAUAAUUUAGAUUUGGCUGUGACACUGUUUUCCAUUUAAGUUGUUUUGUUUUUGUUACCAAAUUAAUCAAAUACAAUCUGAGCUGAGCUGCGAGGUGGAAACGGGGGCUUUCACGUGAACAAAACAACGCAACAGCAGAUUUUCUCCGUCAGACGUGUUCACGAUGGCGGGAGAAAGUUUGUAUUUAAAUAUUUUCCUGCGUGGUCACGUGUGUUGCUUCGCCCUCAUGUUGGGACUUCGGUGAACGUGUGAAAGCAGCUUCUGUCUCCGUAGUGACGUUUUCCAGUAAUUGCCCCGAGGUGGCAUGUUCUCGUGCCAGGCUCCGCCCCCUACAGCUCCACGAUCUAAUGAAAAUGGUACAAAUAACAUUUUUAAUAUUUUUUCAAACCUCGUCCAUCAUGUCACGGAAGUCGUAGAGAACGGUCGCACAUUUUGCGAUUAGGAGGUUUUAAUUGCAGCACCCCCUGUGUUUGUAAUCUCAAAUAAUCAUUUUAAAAUCGCUUUUUCCAGUGUUUUUCAUGAUGUUACCGCGUGCUGCCUGUUUUAUUUCAGCGUUGUCUUUAUGAUUAAAAAAAAAACGUAAAAAGUUUACGUAAACACCAAUUGACGCAACGAAAAAUACGAAGUUCCUUCAUUUUAUCUGCAAUGUGACGAUCUCGAUGAACCUGUAGGUUAUAUUUACAAAGUCUGAGCAAUGACAAAAAAGCGAGUUGUCGACAGGUUAGUGGCGCCCCCUGCAGGUAAAGCACAGAAACGUGUUGUGAUUAGCCGAGACACCUUUUUCGGCUAAGAUUUAAGUAAACUUCGGUCACGUUUGUAAAGGCAGCGUCAGUCCGUUCAGCUUUUUUCUCAUUUUAUUUUUAAUGUUUUUGGGGUUUUUUUGGUGUGGACGAAAAACAAAAAUGGACCAAAGAAAUUUUAUUUGAAAAAAAUUUUUUUGUUCGUGAUGCUAGCAAAAAACUUCAUUGAUCGUUUUACCACAUGUUCUGAACAGUUCGGAGAAAGAGUCGCGAUGAUGAAAUAAGAGAUACGUCGCAUUUCUGUAGUUAGUUUAUAAAAACACGGAAUCAUGUGUGCGCACAUGUCCACACGUCAGCCUUAAAAACUAAAACACUUUACAAACCACAUUUUCAUUCAAAUCUGUCCAGUUUUUCCCCCCUUCAGAUCCCCCGCGUAUAUACAUACAAAUAUAUACAUAUAUAUAUAUAUAUGUAUACGUUUCACCAUGUUAAUGUUGAACCUGUUGAUUAUAUUUAUUUGAAAAGAUGAAUAAAUAUUUCUGGACACAA